GUUUUAAAAAAAUCAACACUGGCAUUAGUAUUUCAGUGGUUUAAAAGUAAUAAACGACAUGAAUUAUUUAAGAUUUUGUAGUAUUUUCUUAAUAGUUUUCUCCAUAUUUCAUGUUGAAUGUAAAGUUUAUACAACCACAAACAAUAUUACUUACUAUAUAGAGGAUAAAUAUGCGUUUACCUGGUAUGAUGCUCAUCUAGAAUGCAGCGCCAGAGAUAUGGCUCUUUUGACCAUAGAUAGUAAAGAAAAAUAUGAUGAUAUUAUUAAACUAUUGAUCAGUGGAAAAUUUAAAGAUAAACCACCUCAUCUCUGGAUUGGUGCUAUUGGUAUUAAUAGGAAAUUUGCCUGGAUUUUAACGGGUAAACCUAUAAUACCCUCAUUAUGGUGCAACAUUUGCCCCAAUAAUCAUCCCAACAAUGAAAAUUGUGUACAAGUCUGGGCCAAUGAACAUGGUUUGAAUGAUUUAAAUUGUGAUGUAAAAAUUGGUUUUGUUUGUGAGAAUCGUAUUGAAUUGGAAAAUUGCAAGGGAAAGAAAUCGAAUUAUAUAGUUAAUAUUAUGCAACAUUGUUGAAAUUAAUAUGAAAUGUGAAAAGUAUUGAAAUUUGAAAUGUUAUUAAUAAAGAAUAUUUUUUUU